AUGUCUGCUACCGACCGCUCGACCGAUGAAAAGGUCGAAUCGCCUGACGAUCUGAUCCGGACAGCCUCCGGAUCCGGGAAAGGCACCUCGGAGACGAGCGUCUCACCGGAGAAACAGGACGACCCGGACCAAACCGUUGUUCUGUCGAAAUAUGAGACCAGUUGGGUGCACAGAUUGCUCACGCCGCCGAAUUGUCGAUGGGAUCCCAGUGUGCCUCACGAAUUGACGUAUUCACUCUGUAUACUGUAUGCGACGGCUGCCAGUUUUACGGUCGCCAAUCUCUACUAUAACCAAUCUAUUCUGAACAAGAUUGCUGAAACCUUUGGUGUGAGCUAUGAGACCUCGUCCCAAGUCCCUACGCUGAUGCAGGCUGGGUAUGCUUCUGGUCUCAUUUUUGUUCUUCCUUUGGGAGACAUUCUGGAGCGGCGGUUUUUCAUCAUUGGACUGGUCUCUUUCACUGCAACCAUGUGGAUUGCCCUUUGUGUAACGAACAACUUCACUGCCUUCAGAGCCAUUUCGUUCAUCUGCGGCAUGACCACCGUGACGCCACAGCUCAUGGUUCCUCUCGUUGGUGACUAUGCCCCUCCGAACCGCAAAGCAACAUCGUUGUCAAUUGUCUCGUCUGGACUCAUGCUUGGUAUCCUCAUCGCCCGACUCCUGGCUGGAGUGGUUGCCAACUACACCGCCUGGCGCAACAUCUACUGGCUAGGAUGCGCAAUACAGUUCCUGUUGGCGAUCCUCCUCUUUGCCUUCUUCCCAGACUACCCUUCCACCAACCCGGACGGCCUCAACUACUUCAAAGCUCUGUGGACCGUCAUUCACAUGAUGUUGACGGAGCCGCUACUCAUUCAAUCAGGCCUGAUGGCUUUCUGCAUCUCCGGUGUCUUCACGUCGUUCUGGACCACGUUGACUUUUCUGCUCGCCUCGCCCCCCUUUGAGUAUUCAUCUCUCCAGAUCGGACUCUUCUCCUUGCUCAUUCUGGUAAUUGUUAUCGUCAUUCCAACUCUGGGCCCCUUCAUGGACCGCUACGAGCCACUUCUACCCCUCCUGUGCUGCGGAGCCAUCACCAUGAUCGGCGUCAUCAUUGGCACCUUCACAGGCACGUUCUCAAUCGCCGGUCCCAUCAUCCAGGCCAUCUGCAUCGAUAUCGGUCAUCAAAUGGGUGCCAUUGUCAACAGAACGGCCAUCUUCACCAUCAACCCCAAGGCACGGAACCGACUCAACACGGCGUAUAUGGCCUGCGCGUUUGCAGGGCAACUGACCGGAUCCGCUGUUGGAAACAGGCUGUAUGCGCAAGGUGGUUGGAGGUACAGCGGAUACUGCAGCAUUGGCCUGGUGAUUGCUAUGAUCUUGUUUGCCUUGGCCAGGGGACCUCAUGAGACUGGGUGGGUUGGGUGGUCUGGGGGUUGGGAGCUUCGAAAAGUGCGUCCAGCGAAGGUGGAGCAGAGAAGUGAUGGUGAGCAAACUGCAUAA